CGUAGCUCAGUCUCAGAUGGCGAAAAGUCAAGCCUCGAGCCGUCGCGCCCAAUGGGACCUCUGAAAAACCUGCGAAACGGCCGCGUAUAGCGUGGAUGGAUGAUUCCGACGACGAGAACCAUGGCACCAGGAUCAACAGCGCUGAGGCGCUCAAGUCGCUCAAGUUUGAUGCACAAAGCCCUCGCCCGACAAAGAAGCAGAAGAUAGCAAGCGCAGGCCCCUCGAGCAGCAAGCACGCUGCGGUUCAGGAACAGCGGAAACAGUUACCCAUUGCCCAAGGUGCAGACGCUAUCAUCCAGGAAAUGCGGGACAACGAUGUCACCGUGCUAGUGGGUGAAACAGGCUCAGGAAAGACGACUCAAAUUCCUCAGUACCUCCUCGAAUCGGGUCUUGCGCGCAACGGCAUGAUAGCGGUCACUCAACCACGCCGAGUAGCAGCAACGUCUCUCGCUUCCCGAGUGUCCGUCGAAACACAGUCGCAGCUGGGCAGUCUCGUCGGAUAUUCUGUCCGUUUUGCUGACCUCUCCUCGGAUAAGACCAAAAUCAAGUUUGUUACGGACGGCAUGCUCGUCAGAGAACUCAUGAGCGACUCGGAGCUGGAGCGGUACAGCGUCGUGAUUAUCGACGAAGCACACGAAAGGACUCUACGGACUGAUGUCUUACUUGCGCGCCUGAAAGGGAUCUUGAAGAAGCGAAACACGGUUCUUACGGAGGGCAAGGGAAAGGGAAAGGAAAGAGCACCGAAGAAUCCACUCAAGGUUGUUAUCAUGAGUGCUACCCUCGACGCAGAGAAGUUCAGCUCUUUUUUCGGCAACGCGAAGAUCCUCUAUGUCCAGGGUAGGCAGCACCCAGUUACAAUAUAUCACGCCGCAACACCACAACCCGACUACGUCGACGCUGCCUUGCGAACUGUUUUCCAAAUACACACGGACCAACCCGCAGGUGACAUAUUAGUCUUUCUACCUGGUCAAGAAGACAUCGAAAGCCUGGACAAGUCGAUACAGCUUUAUGCCAAGCGACUACCACAAGAUACGCCAGGGAUACUCACAUGCCCACUAUACGCGUCGUUGUCAUCAUUACAGCAGCAGCAGAUCUUUGUCCCUGCACCAAAACACAUGCGGAAGGUUAUCCUCGCGACGAACAUUGCUGAGACGUCCGUGACUAUCCCCUGGCGUGCGUGCAAGGAGAAGCGGUGGGUCGGACGAGGCGUUGGUGGAGGGUUCGACACGCUGCUGACCCGGGACAUCACCAAGAGUUCAGCAUGGCAAAGGACCGGUCGCGCCGGUCGCGAGGCCUCAGGAAGCUGUUUUCGCCUGUACACGGAGGAUGCUUUCGACGCUCUGCCUUUGAGCGCAGAGCCCGAGAUUCAGAGAUGCUCAUUAACGGCGAGCAUGCUCCAACUCAAGUGUCUAGGGCAAGAUCUAGAGGACAUGGAGUUCAUGGAAAGCCCAGACGAAGAAGGCAUUGCACAAGCACUGACGGCACUAUAUCUCCUCAGCGCGCUCGACGACCGAAAGAAUCUUACCUAUCUCGGUAGACGAAUGGCGUUCUUCCCUCUCGAACCACCCCUGUCCCGCGCGGUGAUCGCAUCUGUCGAGUUCGGCUGUACCAGUGAAGUGCUUACGAUCGUCUCCGUGCUCAGCUCGUCCUCGAAGCUUUUUGUCGACACGACCGACAGCCGCGACAGCGCGCGCGAGGCGCACACCAAGUUUCGUCACCUCAGCAGCGACCACCUCACGGUCCUGAACGUUGUGCGUGCGUACGAAGAGGUGCUCCAGAGCGAGGGCGGCGCAGACGGCAAGAAGGCGAGCAAGGCUGCGCUCAAAGACUGGUGUGUACGCAACUACGUCAGCCACCGCUGCCUCACGGAGGCCUUCGAGAUCCGCACGCAGCUACGCGAGUACUGCGAGCACCAGAAGAUUGACUGGCGGACGAGCUGUGGAGACAAGGUCGGCGAGGAACAAGCUGUGCUGCGCAGCCUUGUCAGGGGGCUCGUGCAGAACACCGCGUUCUUGCAACCAGAUGGGCGGUACAAGCAGGUCAUUGGCCAUUCAAUCGUGAAAAUCCAUCCUGGGUCGUCACUUUGCGACAAGAAGGUCCCGGCUAUUGUUUACGACGAAUUGGUCUACACAACGCAGAUAUACGCUCGGAAUGUCUCAGCAAUCCCACGGAACUACAUUGCGGAGGUGCCUUUACUCAAGAAUCGGCGCGGCUAAUGUGACUCGCCCUUUUCUAUCCUUAGGCCCCUGCUUUUAGACAGUGCUUGCUUAACUCACUUCAUUGGUUCCCUGGUCAAAAAGGACUCGAUGAAUAGCUCAGAAGAUAUGGCCUCUACUAGUGAGCCUACCACGGUAAAAUACUAAGUAAUUAUCCUCAUGGGACCAUGGUGAGUCAAACGUAUAACAGGAGAAACCCUAGCGGGAGCCGGGCACUUAAGUGCUGCAGAGAACUAGGCUACGAUCACAUGUAUGGCGUACUAGAUGCACCAGAGAGACGACAUCUAGAAAAGGAGGAGUUCUUUUAACGCAAUGCAUCCUGGGCCGUUUUCGGCUAUGUGUAGGGUCUGCGUUACAAUAUUGC